CCCGUGCUCAGUCUCAUCACCCCCUCACCCCUAACUCACUCAAAUAUUACUAUUAUUUGAUAAAAAUGAGUUCCUGUGAAUCGCCAAAGACCCCAGAACAAGACCACAGCCUCAAGGAACCUGAUACCUCCGAGCGUGCUCACUACUUUGAUGCAUAUGAUUGAUGACAAGAUGGGGAGACCUUGAAGCAGAUAGCUGAUGAACAUGGGAUCCCAGCAAGGACUGGACAGCAGUGGGUGAAGGACCGAGCACAUUGGAAUGAUGAGAGAAGAGUUAGGAAGCAUGCAGCAGCAGAAAGAGGGAGUAAACUUGGUUGUCCCUUCAUAGUAUCCCUGGAGCAGAUUCAAGCACUCAUUGAUGAUGAGCAACACCACAAUCGUGAAGCAACUUGCCCCUUACUGUGCUACACUGACCAAAAAGGUACAGUACUGCUGUAGAUAGCAGGUACUGGGAGCUGAACAGUAUAUACCUGUGACAGUACAUGAACAUGAUUCACCGUUGCAGGCUUGAAUGGCCACAUGGUUGGAUACUUCAAGAGGAUGGGGAUCCUUCACAUGGCAUGAAGAGCGAAGACAAUGUUGCACAGAACCUUUGUGACAUCUCCUGGCUCUGCUCUAUCCUCCACCCAGCACAGUCUCCUGAUCUCAACUCUAUUGAGGGGUGCUGGCUUAUACUGAAGCAGAGGGUAAAGAAGAGGCUUUGCUUCCAUUCUCCAUAUCAGAAACCAUGGGAUGGAACCAAAACAAUACUCAAAAAGAUACUCCGUGAGGAAUGGGAUGAGAUUACUAUGGAAGAAAUCAGGGCAAGAAUCAGGGAGAUGCCUGAAAGAUGUGCAAAAGUCCGAGUCAAUGGUGGUGAGAAGAUUCGUAGUGACCUCUGGUAAAGAGAUCCAGAGUGACCUUGGUGAGGCUCACAACACUACAAAACAACUGUAUAUAAGCCUCAGCAC